AUGACAUUUGAACAGACAACAAAAAAUAAUACACCAACUCUAAACUAUAUCGAUACACAACAUCAUUUCGAUUCUGAGAAUACACCAACUCUAAACUAUAUCGAUGAACAACAUCAUAUCGAUUCUGAGAAUACACCAACUCUAAACUAUAUCGAUACACAACAUCAUAUCGAUUCUGAGAAUACACCAACUCUAAACUAUAUCGAUACACAACAUCAUUUCGAUUCUGAGAAUACACCAACUCUAAACUAUAUCGAUACACAACAUCAUUUCGAUUCUGAGAAUACACCAACUCUAAACUAUAUCGAUACACAACAUCAUUUCGAUUCUGAGAAUACACCAACUCUAAACUAUAUCGAUACACAACAUCAUUUCGAUUCUGAGAAUACACCAACUCUAAACUAUAUCGAUACACAACAUCAUUUCGAUUCUGAGAAUACACCAACUCUAAACUAUAUCGAUACACAACAUCAUUUCGAUUCUGAGAAUACACCAACUCUAAACUAUAUCGAUACACAACAUCAUUUCGAUUCUGAGAAUACACCAACUCUAAACUAUAUCGAUACACAACAUCAUUUCGAUUCUGAGAAUACACCAACUCUAAACUAUAUCGAACCCGCGCCGAGUUGGCCGGCGUUGGGCGCCAAUUAUGCAGAACCUCGCCUUUUUUUUUAUUAAAGUAAAAAGACACAUUUCGUAAAUCAAAAAAAAAAAAAAAGGUGUUGGCAUGAAAUUAUCCUGAGAAUAA